GGUGAUCAUUGCAUACGUUCUUACUUUCACUGCAGAUGAAAGGCUUUAUUAUAAAUAUUACGGUAAGGAUAUUUCGACGUAGAGUAUGCUUUUCUUCCGUGCAAGGGCAUCAACCGGUUCUGCUUGCGACCAAACUCCGCGUAUAGACAGCGUCGACCCCUACCCUACAAGACAGUCGCGCUACCGGCUGCUGCAGGACGUAAUUACAUCGUAGGCUAGAACGUUUAGAAAAGGUGUGGAUCGGUCGUCAGAUCUUCCAUUUCAGUUGUAUUAGCAGCGUCGCAUAUUGAAGGUAAAUUACAAUAACUAUUUCAGAUUGUCUGGUGCCAUGCCCUUCUAGACCCUUUGGGAACCUAGCACAAGGCAUAACUUCAUCAUGUCGACGACAGUCAACAUUCAGAGAGAGACUGGCUCAGCCAACUCUGCCGAAGCCAAGAAAUCAGAGGUCAGAGUGAACGAAAAGAAAUGCUCAUGGGCAUCCUACAUGACAAACUCUCCCACAGUGAUUGUAAUGAUUGGCCUACCUGCCAGGGGAAAGACCUACAUGUCCAAAAAACUGACACGAUACCUGAACUGGAUAGGAGUGCCAACAAAAGUAUUUAACUUGGGUGUCUACCGCAGAGAGGCCGUCAAAGCUUACAAGUCCUACGACUUCUUCAGACAUGACAACAAGGAAGCUAUGGAAAUAAGGAAACAGUGUGCUCUGGUAGCCCUGGAAGAUGUGAAGGGAUAUCUUACUGAUGAAGGAGGACAAAUUGCUGUAUUUGAUGCAACAAACACAACAAGGGAGAGGAGAGACCUCAUUCUGGAUUUUGGGACAGAGAAUGCGUUUAAGGUGUUCUUUGUGGAGUCUGUGUGUGAUGACCCAGAAGUCAUUGCUGCUAAUAUUUUGGAGGUGAAGGUAUCUAGUCCAGAUUACCCAGAGAGAAAUAGAGAAAGUGUAAUGGAUGAUUUUCUGAAACGCAUUGAGUGCUAUAAGGUUACAUACCAACCUUUGGAUCCUGAUGACUAUGACAAGGACCUAUCAUUCAUCAAGGUGGAGAAUGUGGGGCGGCGCUUCCUUGUGAACCGGGUGCAGGACUACAUCCAGAGUAAGAUAGUGUACUACCUAAUGAACAUCCAAGUGCACUCUCACUCUCUCUACCUGUGUCGGCACGGAGAGAGCAAUCACAACAUGGAAGGCCGUAUCGGCGGCGACUCCGAACUGUCACCACGGGGAAAACAGUUUGCCCAUGCUUUGCGAAGUUUCAUUGAGGACCAUAAAUUGUCAGACCUGAAGGUGUGGACUAGCCAGCUGAGACGCACCAUCCAAACUGCUGAAGAGCUGAUUGUGCCCUAUGAACAGUGGAAGAUCCUCAAUGAAAUAGAUGCUGGUGUGUGUGAGGAGAUGACUUAUGAUAUGAUCCAGAAAUCCUUUCCGGAGGAAUUUGCCUUGAGGGACCAGGACAAGUACCACUACCGUUACCCAGGGGGAGAGUCCUACCAGGACCUGGUCCAGCGGUUGGAGCCUGUCAUCAUGGAGCUGGAGAGGCAGGGCAACGUGCUGGUCGUCUGUCAUCAGGCUGUCAUGCGCUGCCUGCUGGCCUACUUCCUGGACAAAAGUGCAGAUGAACUGCCCUACCUGAAAUGUCCACUGCACACAGUUCUGAAGCUCACCCCUGUUGCCUAUGGCUGUAAAGUGGAGAUGUUUCACCUAAAUGUGGAGGCAGUUAACACACAUCGUGACCGACCACUUGUCCCGAGGGAGCCAGCUCCCACCCUGCUCCGGCGGAAUAGUUACACCCCCCUGUCCAGUCACGACCAAUUCAAGCGGCCCAGGCUCUACAGUGCUGGCAAUCUGCCCUGGCUCCCUGAGAUGCCAGAAGGGGUGCAACAGCAAAGCCAACCUCGGAUAGGAAGCAGUUUUCUGAUGCCCUGUGUGAAGGACUCAGCAAUGAAGGCCAAGAAAAUAUGAGUAGGGGUGUCCGCUUCUAAGUGACUAAAGUCUUCUACAGCCUGGUGUCUGUGUAUCUCUGUGCUCCUGUGACACUGAAGCUUUUUCAAUGUCCUUAUGGCCUGGAUAUUUCUGCAUGCCCAACCUAUGGGACGACUGGUCACACAGAAUUAACCACCUCUUGCAUAUAUGCCAGUAAAGAUUGAACAUUUGAACAGUGCCUGUUUAGACUUAGGAGGUAAUGCAUUGAACUGCUGUAUAUUUUUCAGAGACCCUCUGGGUUUUUUUUCAAGCCUCAGUACUUUGCAGAAGUGGUCACAUGAGAAAAUUGUGUAAAGGUAUAUUUUUGUACAUUUUGUGUUAAUGUGCUAUUAAAAUCACUAUAUAACACACAAUACAAAUACAUAAUAGAAAGAAUUCCAUAUGUUGCCCAAAAGGUAAUUGAUGUCUUCUAAGGAAUCUAGCCAUCUCUCAAGAUCUCAGUUACCUUUUUGGCAGCAAAAUACAUUUCUGUUACUUUUUUCUUUGACAUUUUUAAAUGUUAUUUUGACAGGAAAGUGUUGAAAGACAGAGGGGAGAGAUUCAAACUCAGACCUCUGGACAAGCCAAUUAUUGGGAUGUUUUAUUGUAUUCAUAUUUAUUUCUAAUGUUAUAUAGUGUUUAUGAGCAAAUACACACUUAUUGCCCAUAUGAAUUACUUUAAACAAAGUUAUCAGGUGGCCCAAGACUUCUGCACAGUACUGUAUGUAAACCUAGGAUAUUUUUAUAUUCUAGUCUACUGUAUAAGGUCAGUGUAGAACUACCCUAGUUAAAAUAAGAAUAUAUAUUUUACAAACCUGUUUCCAAAAGUGUUGGGACGCUGCAUAAAAUGUAAAUAA